AUGGCUGGAAAAUCGCAUAGAAGGAAGAAGCAAAGCAGCAAUUCAUCAAGUUCAUGUAGCUCAGACAAUGCUGAGGAUCCUGAUUACACUGUAAGGUGGGCUCAAAGGCUGUCCAGAAAAGAAAAGUUCACUUCCUUAAGUGGAUGGCAGAGACACAGCAGUUGUGACAUUAACGGUCUUCAAUUCACAGCUGGAACUUCAACAAUGAGAGGAAAACCAACACGUUCAUCGAAGAAGAAAGACAUCAAGCAAGGGGAGGUGAAACCGAUCAAAACAUCCAAAAUGGCACAAGCAAGGAAGGAGCCUGGUUGUUUGAAGAUUGAAAGAAUCAACUUUGGAAUCAAGAGAAGCUCCACUUCUAGAUGGAAUAGGAAAAUUAAAGAUGAAUUUGACCAAGAAAACAAAUUCUCCACAGACAGAAGUGGUAGAAGUUCAGAAAAUGAGAAUGACCAUGAGAAUCAAGGGUAUUCUGCUAGCAGAAUAAGAAAUCAAGAGGAUGAGAAUGAGAAGUGGAAGAUGAAAGCAACCAUAUUUUCGUGGCUUAUAGAUUCCAAAACAAUUGAAGAAAAUGCAGAAGUUUUCUAUAUGGAUGACCACAGCAAGAAGAUCAUUAAGGAGGGAAUAAUCAGGAGAGAGGGCAUAUUAUGCAACUGUUGCGAUAAGAUCUUUACUGUAGCAAACUUUAGUAUUCAUUGUGGGAGGCAAUCUGCUAAACCCUAUGAAAGGAUUUUCACUUCCAAGAAUCAAAACUCUCUUUUAUCUUGCAUGAUUAGAGCUUGGAAUAUGCCAGAAGAAUGUGAAAGUCGUAAAUUCAAUCGCAUUCAGACUAGAGGUAAUGCAAGUGACUCGUACGAUGAUGCUUGCAUGAUCUGUGCAGAUGGAGGAAACUUAAUGUGUUGUGAGGUGUGUAAUUCAACAUACCAUCAAGAUUGCAUUCAGUUGAAGGAGGUUCCUCGAGGAUCUUGGUAUUGUCCAUACUGUGUUUGCAGAUUCUGCAGAAAUCCUGCUCACGACAAUGACUAUUUAAUUGAAUGUCCUCAAUGUGAACAGAAAUAUCACUGGAACUGCCAUCUGCGGAGAGAAAUGAAGAUAAUAGAUCUCAACAGUAUGCCAUGUGCACCUUUUUGCGAGGGGCGCUGCAAAGAGGUUUAUGAUAAGUUGGAGAGAAACCUAGUUGGAUUGAAAAAUGAGCUUGAUGAAGGUUUCUCCUGGAGUUUGCUUCAUCACAUGGACAAUGACACAGGUAGUUACACAGAUGACACAUACAAAAGAAUCGUUUGCCACUCCAAGCUUGCUGUUGCACUGAGAUUGAUGGAUGACUGCUUUGAGCCAAUUGUAGACCGCCAUACUAGAAUCAAUGUGAUCCGUAGUGUUGUUUAUAAUUGCGGAGCAAACUUCAAGAGAAUCCAAUUUAGGGGGUUUUAUACUGCCGUCUUGGAAAAGGAUGAUGAAAUUAUCUCUGUGGCAUCCUUGAGGAUUCAUGGGACAAAGCUUGCUGAGAUGCCCUUCAUUGCAACCAGCGAUCAGUAUAGGUGCAAAGGAAUGUGCAAAAAGCUUAUGGUCGCAAUUGAAUCAGUUAAGUCCAUAUUUGAAUCUUUACGAAUAUUAUUUAUAGUUCACUGGUGGUUUUCAUGGAGAUUUUUUUGCUCUGCUGCUCUUUGUUACCUCAAUGUUGAAAGUCUGGUCAUUCCAUCCACAUCUGAGAGGAUCAGCAACUGGAUUGAAAAGUACGGUUUCCGUCUUCUUGAUUCUACAUUGAACAGAGAAAUCAUAUGUCGCAACACUUUGAUGUUCCAUGAUUCAGUCAGAUUGCAGAAGUCAUUAGUACCUUCUUGUUUGGCAAAAUCAGACAGAAGCAUUGGUGCAACUUCUUCAGUGAGAAAGGCCAGGAUCAACCAACAACAAAAUUGGCUAAGUUUUUCACAUAAAGCAGCUAUGGCAUCGCUAUUUGAUUUGGAUUUUCAACCUCCUGAAUGGAACAAAAACCCUUGGAUGAACAGCACAGAAAGAAUGCCCUAUAGAUAG